GAAGCGGAACCUAACCGGAAGCACGUGUCGGUGACGUCGUCCUUGGAAAACAAAAACAAACCUGUGUGUUGCAAUAUUUCUGUUUUCAAUCGACGUUUGGUCAGCGCCUAAAAUCGUUCGUGUCGUCUUUGGUGUGCGCCUUAUGAUUGUUCCCACCGAAGCUGCAGUUUACCGGUAAUUGCUUGUUUGAGAGCCAUGGCCCAGCAGAGAGGAGUAAACAGCCUGCAGUUCAAUCAGGACCAAAGCUGUUUCUGCUGCGCUAUGGAGACGGGGGUCAGGAUUUACAACGUGGAGCCUCUAAUGGAGAAGGGCCACCUGGACCAUGAGCAGGUUGGCAGUGUAGCCCUGUGCUCCAUGCUGCAUCGCUCUAACCUGCUGGCCAUAAUUGGAGGUGGAGUCAAUCCUAAAUUCUCAGAAAUAUCUGUGUUGAUCUGGGACGAUGCUCGGGAGUCACGGGAUCCUAAGGACAAACUGGUGCUGGAAUUCACCUUCACCAAGCCUGUUCUGGCUGUCCGCAUGAGACACGACAAGAUCAUCAUUGUGCUGAAGAACAGGAUCUAUGUGUACAGUUUUCCAGACAACCCUGUCAAGCUUUUUGAGUUUGACACCAGAGAUAACCCCAAAGGUCUUUGUGAUUUGUGUCCCAGUUUGGAGAAACAGCUUCUGGUCUUCCCAGGUCACAAAUGUGGCAGCCUGCAGCUGGUUGACCUGUCCAACACCAAACCUGGAACAUCAUCUGCCCCUUUUACUAUCAACGCCCAUCAGAGCGAGAUUGCCUGUGUGGCCCUCAACCAGCCCGGCAGCGUGGCAGCUUCAGCCUCUCGUAAAGGAACCCUCAUCCGCCUGUUCGACACAACGACCAGGGACAAACUGGUGGAGCUGCGCAGAGGAACAGACCCUGCCACUCUUUACUGCAUCAACUUCAGCCAUGACUCAUCUUUCUUGUGCGCAUCCAGUGACAAAGGCACAGUUCACAUCUUUGCACUCAAAGACACCAAACUCAACCGUCGCUCUGCGCUGGCACGUGUUGGGAAGGUGGGUCCUGUGAUUGGUCAGUAUGUGGACAGCCAAUGGUCAUUGGCCAGCUUUACUGUGCCUGCUGAGUGUGCCUGUAUCUGUGCUUUUGGAAAGAAUACUUCCAAGAACGUCAACUCAGUCAUUGCCAUAUGUGUGGACGGGACCUUCCAUAAGUAUGUGUUCACCCCUGAUGGAAACUGCAAUCGAGAGGCCUUCGAUGUGUAUCUGGACAUAUGUGAUGAUGAUGACUUUUAAGGCCACACAGAGAAACCAGUUAUAGAUGAACAUGAGAAUUAUGAAUGGAAACAGACUACUUUUAAUGAAUUAUCUCCUGUUGUGAAUCUGAGGAGCACGGACUUCAUGCAAAGAGUCUGUUAUAUGAAGUUUUAUGUAAUCAGUUUUACUUACAGUGUAUAGCAGUGUGAAUAUAAAGUUUUCUAUUGGGCUGUUAAUCAUCACUCUGAAAAGUUUAUGUUAUAUGGUAAAAACAGAAAUGUAUGUUAUGUAUGUUGUAUUUCUUGGAAACUAAUAUUGAAUUAAAAAUGACACUGAAAUUUUAA